AGAAGAGUAAAAUGUGUUUGACAGGAAUCUGAACGAGGAGGGGGCGGCGGCACACGAGUGGAAAUCCGCACCUUCAAGAGAUCGCCAUCACUUCCCUCCCCACCUUGUGAAUCUCUGGUCGCGUGCUGUUCGUCAACCACGGGGAGGCGAAUGCGGUGAAUUAUUUGGAGGCUCAGCAACAGGGCACACAGAGUACAGGAUGCCGCUGAGUGAAGCAACCCCGCGCGCGGGGAGCUCUCGCGAUUAGCGCCAUGCAAAGUAUCCAAAAAGGAGAAUGCGAAUGGUUAGAGAGAACAGGAUUCAAUUAAUAUGGAAACGAUGUAGCUUCACCGCUGCAUUGCAUAUAGCUCGGGGAAGCAGGUUAGAAAGUAGAUCGCUAAAUAGUAGAUAGCGCAUUUUGCCGUCAUACAUGCAAACUUACUCAUCAUCAAGCGCAACAAAAGGAACAGCUGCUCGAUAGUAUCUUCAGCUACCAAAGAAGGCUGAAGAAUUCAAGAUGUUACGGAGGAGGCUCAACCGAUUGUGUGGAGGAGAUGAGAAGCGAUUGGACAGCAGGACGAUCUAUGUAGGAAAUCGGCCAUGUCCGGACACUGAGGCCUUCAUCCCCUCUAAAUUCUGUGACAACAGGAUCGUGUCCUCCAAGUACACAGUGUGGAACUUCCUGCCAAAGAACCUAUUCGAGCAGUUUAGAAGAAUUGCAAAUUUUUACUUCCUCAUCAUAUUUUUGGUGCAGGUGAUUGUUGAUACCCCGACCAGCCCCGUGACCAGUGGUUUACCUCUGUUUUUUGUCAUCACAGUGACAGCCAUCAAACAGGGUUAUGAGGACUGGCUGCGGCAUAAAGCAGACAAAGAGGUGAAUAAGUACCUGGUGACAGUGUUAGAGGACGGCCGGUCGGUGAGGAAGGAAAGUGAGAAGAUCAAGGUGGGUGAUGUGGUUGAAGUGGUGGAAGACGAGACCUUUCCCUGUGACCUAAUUCUGUUGGAGUCCAGUCGGGAAGACGGCACUUGUUUUGUCACCACAGCCAGCUUGGAUGGAGAAUCCAACCACAAAACACACUACACGGUGUCAGACACUGAGAAGGAUCUACAGGCUCUUACUGCCACCAUCGAGUGUGAACAACCCCAGCCUGACCUCUACAAGUUUGUGGGUCGAAUGCACAUUUACCAGCAGGAGCAGGGGCAGGAGCUAGUAGUAAGAUCUUUGGGCCCAGAGAACCUUCUCCUAAAAGGUGCUACAUUGAAAAACACCAAGAAGAUUUACGGUGUCUCGGUAUACACGGGCAUGGAGACGAAGAUGGCACUCAACUACCAGGGCAAAUCUCAGAAACGAUCAGCUGUGGAAAAAUCCAUCAAUGCUUUUCUGUUGGUGUAUCUAUGUAUCCUCAUCAGUAAAGCUAUUGUGUGUACUACACUAAAGUAUGUAUGGCAGAGCAAAGCAGGUCAGGAUGAGCCCUGGUACAACCAGAAGACUCAGAAGGAGAAAGACACUAAUAUGUAUUUGAAGAUGUUUACAGACUUCCUCUCCUUCAUGGUCCUCUUCAACUUUAUAAUCCCCGUGUCCAUGUAUGUAACUGUGGAGAUGCAGAAAUUCCUAGGCUCUUUCUUUAUCACUUGGGAUAAAGACUUCUUUGACCCGGAGAUUGAAGAAGGCGCUCUUGUCAACACUUCAGACCUCAAUGAGGAACUUGGCCAGGUGGAAUAUGUAUUUACAGACAAGACCGGCACGCUGACCCAGAACAACAUGGAGUUCAUUGAAUGCUGUAUAGACGGCUUCCAGUACAGAUACAGAGACACCCUGAGCGAGGUGGAUGGGCCUGUGAAUAACCAGCAGCAGAAUGCUGGACAGGAGAAAGAGGAGUUGUUCCUGCGGGCCUUGUGUCUGUGUCACACGGUGCAGGUGAAGGAGGCUGGAUCAGAAAUACUUGUGGACGAAGUUGAUGGGAUGGAUGGGUUACUGCCCCAGCCGGAGCAGGAAACAGGCUUCAUCGCAUCCUCUCCUGAUGAGAUCGCACUGGUGAAAGGAGCCAUGAAAUACGGCUUCACCUUCCUUGGUUUAGAGAGCAAGUGUAUGAAGAUAAAGAACAGGCAAAAUGAUAUAGAGGAAUACAAGUUGCUCCAUGUCCUAAACUUUGACCCAGUUAGGCGAAGAAUGAGCGUCAUUGUGCAGAACAAUUCAGGGGAGACGUUGCUUUUCUGUAAGGGAGCUGAUUCUUCCAUCUUCCCAAGAGUCAGACCAGAGGAGGUGGACAGGAUUCGCAUGCAUGUGGAGCGAAAUGCAACGGAUGGUUACCGUACACUGUGUGUGGCCUAUAAGAAGCUGAGUGCUGAGGAAUAUGCUAUGGCAGACGCUGGGCUAAUGGAGGCUAGACUGGCUCUACAAGAUAGAGAGGAGAGACUAAUUUCUGUAUAUAACCAGGUGGAGACUGGGAUGAGUUUGAUUGGAGCGACCGCUGUGGAGGACCGGCUUCAGGAGGAGGCAGCAGAGACUAUGGAGGCCUUACAGGGCGCUGGGAUGAAGGUUUGGGUGCUGACGGGGGACAAAAUGGAGACGGCAAAGUCCACCUGCUAUGCAUGUCGUCUGUUCCAGCGGGGUACAGAGCUACUGGAACUGACUGUGCGGACACUGAAGGAUGAGGAAAAGAAGCGUGAUGUGAAACUUAAAGAGUUGCUACAGGAGUACCAUAAAAAAGCAGUGCUGGAUGCCCCGCCUGUCAGACCUGGGGUCACCAGGAGCUGGUCUACUGCAAAUCAGGAUUACGGCUUCAUUGUAGAUGGGGCGACAUUGUCGUUAGUGAUGAACCCACCGUGUGAUGACGAUGCCAGUCAGAACAAGAGCUUCUUUCUGCAGAUCUGCCAGAGCUGCACUGCUGUGCUCUGCUGUCGCAUGGCCCCCCUGCAGAAAGCUCAGAUAGUGAAGAUGGUGAAGAACUCCAAAGGUUCCCCGAUCACUCUCUCCAUCGGCGACGGGGCCAAUGAUGUCAGCAUGAUCCUUGAGGCACACGUGGGCAUUGGUAUUAAAGGUAAGGAGGGCCGUCAAGCUGUGAGGAACAGUGACUACGCCAUUCCUAAACUCAAACAUUUAAAGAAGCUUUUGCUAGCUCAUGGGCAUCUCUACUAUGUGCGCAUUGCACAUCUCGUCCAGUACUUCUUUUAUAAGAAUCUUUGCUUCAUCUUACCUCAGUUCCUGUACCAGUUUUUCUGUGGAUACUCUCAGCAGCCCCUGUAUGACGCAGCCUAUCUGACGAUGUACAACAUCUGCUUCACCUCCAUGCCCAUUCUGGCCUACAGCCUGCUGGAACAGCACAUAUCCAUCGAGAUCCUGCUGCACAACGCCGCUCUCUACAGAGAAAUAGCCAAUAAUGCCAUGUUACGCUGGCGCCCCUUCCUCUACUGGACACUAUUAGGAAUUUUUCAGGGUCUCAUGUUCUUCUUUGGAGUCCGUUUCCUGUUCAGCAAUCCAGCCCUGCAAGAUAAUGGGCAGGUCUUUGGAAACUGGUCUUAUGGAACAAUUGUCUUUACUGUCCUUGUUUUCACUGUUACAUUGAAGCUGGCACUGGACACACGCCACUGGACGUGGAUCAACCAUUUCGUGAUCUGGGGCUCUUUGGCUUUUUAUGUUUUCUUCAGUUUCUUCUGGGGAGGCAUCAUAUGGCCGUUUUUGAAGCAGCAGCGUUUGUACUUUGUGUUUGCCAACAUGCUGAGUUCAGUGUCUGCCUGGCUGGUUAUCAUCAUCCUCAUCCUCCUCAGUCUGCUGCCAGAGAUCCUUUUGGUGGUACUCCGCAAGCCCAGAGGCCACCAUUCACAACAGGUGGCUCCUGUCACUCCUCUCUCCUACAAGCGUCUGAACGAGCACCACUGUGAUGGGCACAGACAGCCUUUGGUCAAAACUACUGAUGGACCCCUCACAUCUGCAGGGGGCGCUGCACUCCCUCUUGCCUGUUUAAAUGAAUCAUGACAAUGGAACCAACUUAAACUGCUUUCCUGUUACAUCUCAUCUUAAAGCCUUCCAUCCCAGCACGAUUCCACAAAAGUGUUUUUUUUUUUUUUUUUUUCUCAAUCCUACCGGGACGAAUGCAUCAAUGGCAAAAUCGUCAGUUCGCUCGACUGCUACAGAAUGAACCAACAUCCCUGCUCCUCCUGGUUCCUCCUAAUUGGUGGUCUUUCCUAAUCACCCCCAAAAAGGAAUCCAUGGCCACUCUCCAUACUCUCUGAUUUUCUUAAAUUUGUAGGCAGACAGUUGGCCCCUUUUAUGUUCUGUUCCCAACUGUGAUCACAAUCCCAAAUCGUAGAUUAUAGUUUUGUGAUAAUGUAGCUGUUCAAGAUUCCUAAAUGUGAGCUCUAUCUAAGAUGCUGCACUGCGGGCCCUGACCCUAUGGGUAUAAAAGCUGCAUUUCCACAAUCUGCUGUUUGUUCGACCACAUAGAGUUCUGGGAUAUCCCACUGAGCCCAAUAACUCCGUAUGUGUACGCGUGUGUGAGAAAUAGAAAAUCAAUUACAGAUUUUCUUCAGAUAUUUCUUAUAAUGUCUUUCAAUGUUACUGUUUGUUGAAACGGGGAUCAGUUUACAGUUGGGUUACAAAUUGUGCUAGUGGAAAGUGUGGAAAAUGUAGUUUGAUGCCAAAAAAAAAGACAGAGAGAGAGGUUCUAUUAAACUGGGAAACCGGCUCUCUACAGUUUUUCCUUGAAGAUAGAUUAUCUAUGGUUACGGCACACAUUAGGAUUGCUUCUCGAUGCAGAGUUAAUUGCAAAUUUCAGAGGGAGUCCGAGUUCAGCAGCAUCUAUUCACUGUUGAGCCGUUAAUGACAUUUAUAUUGAAUGUGUCGGCUUUAUAUAUCAGGCCAGUGCUCAAAAACACGCUUUCACAUCCACAUGCAUACAUUUAACUUUUGAGGUUACUGAAAGAAUCACUUAUAAACAGUGGAGCUUAGAUUGGUGAAAUAGGAGCUUUGGGUUAGAUGCAUAUUGAACUCAUAUGUGACCUCUAGUGGUUUGGAGGGCAUGUAAUCUUCAUUCUACUUUUUUUACUUCUAAAUACAUUCCAUUUCUACGUGCCAUGUUUUCAGUCACUUUUUAGAUUAUAAUUGAAUUAUUUUGUUCUUGACUAUGUGAUUCUAUUUAUUAUUCUCACAAAUGUUGUAUUUUUGUGGUAUUUCUUUCUCUUCUAAACUUGUUAAUCAUUAUCAGCUGGUGCCAACUGAUUUUUUAUUAUUAUUAUUUAUUAUUAUUAUUAUUAUUAUUAUUAUUAUUAUUAUUAUUUUUUGCCUGUGAAAUCUGCUGUUGAACAGAUUGGGUUUCUAUAUACAGACCCUGUAAACCAGCAGCUCUGGGGUAUUUCUCUGGUCAGAGAUCAGUCCUGUAGAUCCUCCCUUAAUAUAUGGUGUGAAUGCAGCUGAAAUCUUUGUGUCCCUUUAAUAUGAAUGACCUAUUCCAUUCUUCUCUCUGCUUGUAACCCAAAAUGGGUGGUAAAAAAGCCACUGCCUGGCAUGUUCUGUAAUCGGGCACAUUUCUUGAUUAUGUUUCUCCUAAAACAAUGCCGUAUGUAAGAUGCUACAUUGCUACUUUAACUAUUUUCAAGUGUGUGUGUGUGUGUGUGUGUGUGUGUGUGUGUGUGUGGAUUAUGCAAGGGUAAGUGGUGAGUGUUAGACCUAUGACUGUGUCAUGAUGCUAAGCAUCUUAAGAUCAGCUCAGUCUUGGGCUGGGCUUAAUCCAGCUGUAUCACAGCCCUGCGUAACCGCCAGGCCUUCUUUUCAUUUCUGAUUACAUCUUGAGCUUUCCAGAGAGAAUUUAUCAGAGCUCUAUUUACAUUUGCUUUCAGCUAGACCGGUGAGGCCAGUUGGUAUGAUGUUUCAUUGUGAACAUUAGCCCAAUGUGAGCCCGUUUUUGUUUUCCUUGAUGCAUGUGUGACUACUAAUGCCACCACCACUGGACUGAACCCUGGUGAGCACAUACACACUCACACCAAGAUGAACACACAUCCAUGUGUUUGUUCAGCUCAGUUUGGGAGGGGAAAACAGAACUUGCCUGCAAUGUUGGAAAUUUCCAAACAGACCUUUAAAUUACUUCAGAGAUGCUAUUUUCAAAGCUUAUAAUAAUUAUUGGAUUCUCAUGUUGCCUGAAUAUAUAUAUAAAUAUAAAUAUUUGAUUGUAUUUUUAAUGAAACUUUUUGAGCCAUUUUUGUAAGAAAAAGAAAACGUCCAAUAAAAAAAUAAGGCUGAGAAAGGCGGCCUGAUUGUGGAACGUGAGGCAGGGCUGUGGUGUGUGGCUGUAAAUUGAAUCAGGCACUAGCACGACCAGCCCUGCUUCCUCCAUCAUGUCCCUCAGGCUCCAGCUGAUCUGAAUGUACCUCUCAAGACCAGUCUGUUUAAAAAAUAAAAAAAAAGAACUUUAAUAAAAGCUGUUUUGAAAGAA